AACUUAUUUAUUAUAUACUGUAUAUUGUAUUGAAUAUAAUUAUGAAUAAAAUACUAGCUAUUAGUUGUUUAGCUAUUUUGUUAACAAUUAUUAAUGGAUUGGCUAGUGGUUGUCAAGUAAAUGAUCCAUGGCCUAAACAAUUGAAACUAAAUCAAGCCUAUCUGACAUGGACGGAUAAAAAACUGCUUGAUGAAAUCGAUAAAGUGUUCAAGCAAAAAUGUAAACUAUACAAAAAGGAUUCGGAUUUUUUGAAAAAAGCUGGCCUAGAGUGGGCCGGUAGUCGGCAGGCGGCCGGUUGUCAACGGGAUUGGGAUGAAAGCAAUCGGAUAGUUAAAGCUAUUGAAAAAUUGCCGAAAUUCCAGAAAAACAAACACUGGCUAUUGGUUACACAGACCCAAUGGGUUGACUACUGGAACCGCUUUUAUCAUGAAACUGAUAACAAACAAUUGGAUUGUUCGAUUGAACAAUUGCAGCAGAUUUUGAAUACCCAAUCAUUGGAUUCGAAUGGUUUGAUUGAAUUGUUGCAGAAAAAACGUAAUCAAGUGUUGGCCAAAAUGCAAAAACAAGUGGACAACGAUACAAAUGAUAAAAAUUCAAAAUUUUUCAAAAAAUUUGACCAACAGACAUUGGAUGAUAUAAAACAAAUCUAUAGCGUGGAUGACAAACAAUUGGCUAAAAUACAGGAUAAUCAGGUGAAAGUGGGAACACUGAUUAUUUUGUUACUGGAAUCAGAAUAUUAUAUACGUGGCUAUAGUAUUCUACUUAAUGAUGAACAACAACAACAAGAUGAUUAUGUUUUAAAAGGUGUAUAAAAUAACCUGGACAAACCGGCUUAAUAUUAAUGGACACCCGAUCACACUAUUAAAUAUAGUAUA